UGAAAGUGAGAAACAGUGAGUUUCAGAGGAGGAGAGAUGGUUGUUCCAAGGUAGAAGAUGAGGAAGAUGACAUGCACAAGCUGACAACCCCCCUUAAAGCGUUGCAGUUUGGACUUACUUGGACACCUGGUUGCCGAUUGGUGAAGAAUUUAAGUAAAAGUCAGGUCUCUCUCUUUUAACAUUAAAUUUCAACUAUUCAAAUUGUUGACAAGCUGAACAGUUGUUUAAGACUGCAAAGUUUGUGAAGUAAAAGCUCCAGUUUAAGUUCUGCUCACUUGACAUCUUCAUUCGUUGCUCGAUCCUCUUCACGGGAGGAUUCUGCUGAAAUUCACGCUCUACAGUUGUUAUAUCGGAUACUGUAAUUUUGAAGAUGGGUGUGCCACUACCACAUUGUCGUAGCACCAAAAAAUCUGGUGACCAUGUUCCAAAUCAAGAUUCAUCCUCAACUCAAUCCACUGGUCAAUCGCACUCUGAGUUGACUAGUUUGAAAGAAGACAAUCCCUGUGGGCAAGGCGUAGUUACAGGGUAUAAUGAACAACAAGGGAGGCGUGUUGGGGGCCACAAGAAGUCUCUUUCCACAAUCACAAGUCAACAAUUUGUCUUCCCUUCUCAACUUGAUUUUAGCCAGUCCGUGGCUCAUGUUCCCUUCCACUGUGCCGAACCAUACAUUGGUGGCUUACUUGCUCCUUAUGGGCCACAAGCUAUGUUUCAUCAUCCUCAGAUGAUGGGGAUUGCUCCUGCUCGGGUUCCCUUGCCUCUUGAUCUUGCAGAAGAUGAACCGAUAUAUGUAAACGCAAAACAGUACCGCGCAAUUCUGAGGCGGAGGCAAUUUCGUGCCAAGCUUGAAGCUCAAAACAAGCUCACCAAAGUUCGAAAGCCUUAUCUUCAUGAAUCUCGACAUGUUCAUGCAUUAAAGAGGGCUAGAGGUUCUGGCGGGCGCUUUCUCAACAUGAAAAAGCUCCAAGAUUCUAAGCCUAACACAAGCCAUGGAGUAGAUGCUUCAGGUUCUGGUCAGCUACAUAUGACCAGAUUUAUGUCAGAAUCUGAUGUUCAUGAGGCUGACAACUAUCGAGAUGGUGCUUCCACAACCUCUUGCUCUGACAUCACUAGCACCUCUAACAGUGAUGAUAUCUUUUCACGGCAAGAUUUCAGGUUCUUUGGCUACCCCUCUCACAUUGGUGGGACACUACAAGUUCCGCUAGUUGAUUUGCAUGGUGGUGGUGGAAACCAGCAGCAUGGUUCUAUCUUUCGGUGAACAGUCCACUCAGCGGCCUCUACUCUGACCUUCUGUUGGAGGUUACGGCUGCUAGUGCUGUCUUUACCGGUCGGGAAGUCAUCCUUGGCUAUUGAAGUUACUCUUCUACUGUUUCUUGAACGUCAAAGUUAAUUUCUGAUGGCAAUGCUUUGACCCUUUUUCAAGCAAUGCAUGCAUGCUUGAAGAACUGAUGGUUAAAUGGUAUAUUGUGACACAAGAACAUGAUUUUUCUUGUGUGGUGAUGAAUAAGCUGCGCCUGUGCAGACAAUUGACAUACGGUUGAAGACAUUUAUCGUUUAUGUAUGCAAUGAUAAGACAAUUUGUGUACUUGUGCAAAGAACAGAAAUUGACGUGGUUUAAUCUUGCGCUGAAGAGCAAGAAGCUACUUUAACCAAUGAAAUGAAUAAUAAUUAGGGACUUCACUGUGUAUGUUUUUCAUGU